CAGUUGCCAGUGUUUCUCUAUUCACGCGCAUGGAAUAAUUGUCCAGCAACAGCUGGCGGUAUAAAUAAAUGUGAAUUUGCCGGCUUAGUUUAUUUUAAAUAAUGGAGCUAACUGCAACAACUUCUGAGCCACCUGGACAGGUGAAUGACACUGCCCUGCGACUUAGGACACGGGAGUAUGCUCGACAACAACGCAAAGACUUACGUAUGGAUACAACGGAUGCACUGCGCUUCGGUUUGGGCCAAAUCAAGGAUAAAAUAAGCGAAUUGGAAAAUCUGGGCAUCAAAGAUGUGCAGGGCAUGGCCAGUCGUAUUAAGCGACGCAAACACGCAACCGAGGAGGACAUGUACCGCCUGAGCCACGCCUUUUUGCAGGGCAACGCAAACAUCAACGCCUUUGCUGAAGUUCAGGGCGCAACUCAAGUGAUUGUCAAGGAACUGACAGGUACCCAUAUGCAGCGUCAGAUUGAGGCUGCCGAAUGCUUGUGCAACUUUUCACUGGGAGAAGCGCAUGUUUGUGAGAAAAUAACAGCGCUGGCUGGCAGCUACCUAGUUACGCUUUUGAAUAGUCAGGAGCCGCGACUGAAGCGCAGUUGCCUUUGGACAUUGGGCAACAUUUUGGCCACAUGCCGCAAGUCCGCUAACAUGUUGCUGCAGAUGCAAUUGGCGACCAAAUUGUGGAAAAUUUAUACGUUACCGUCAGACGAUCUACGGGGCUACCAGGAAGAUGCUGGCAUUUGCUUGUAUUUGAUAGCAACUCAUGCAGCUUCCUCCAUAAGCGUCGAUGAUCGCCGGCACAUUGCCGAGAAUCUGCACAAGAAGCAGCCAGCGGAACCGGCUGCCGAAUAUUACAUGUACAUUGUAUUUCAAUUGGAAAUUGUUAGCAAAGAGCGGGAUUUAUGUGCGCAACAUUUUCAGCAUUUGUACGACUUUUUUAUGGCCAAUCUGAAUAUUGGUUUUAACACUUCCGCCGACAAGCUACGCACCGUCUACGGAGUGCGCGUGCUAGCCAACAUGUUUGCUGCUCGCCCAUCCGUUGGCCAAUUGGAAUUGCAGCUGGAGCAGCUUGUGAACGUUUUAAAUCAACUAUUUGCCCUACGUGAUACAAGUCUAACUAUGGAUUUGAUGCAGCUGUUGAAGAAUCUAAUGGAUGCGCAGCUGCUGGACAACGAGCUCGUGUUGGAACACCUCCGAGUCUAUGCUUAGCCAGGUAUAGUUCAAAUAUUUUCACAUUUCGGUUAAGCAUUAAAACAUAUUUUUUGAAGUUUCCUGUUACAUAUUAACCAUAAACACCUUUGAAGAUUAUCUCUAUGUUAUUAUAGAAGCAAGAUGGAAUGAGUCAAAAGUUA